AAAGCAACAGGCGAGUGAGAAGAAAUCAAAGCUCCCCUCUCUCUGAGGAUAUAAACGGCAGUAGCAGAGAGAGAGAGAGAGAGAGAGAGAGUGAGAGAGUGUGUGAUGGCUAGUGCUUUUCCCAGUCCCAUGACUUCUUUCUCUCUACAGUUCUCAUCAUUCCGCCCUCUUUCAAUCUCCUCUUUCGCAUUCUCAGCAUCCUCUCGAUUCGGCGUCUCUAUCACAGCCUCAAACCCUUCUCGAUGUCUCUCUCUCUUCCAUCUCGGCAGUGCUAUUCCACAGGCACAGUUAUUUGGGGCAAAAGCUUCUAAGUUGAUAAGAACAGUAGGAAACUGUAUAGAGGCUGGUGCAACCUGGAAUACAGUACAGGCAAGCACAACCAUCAGUGAAGAAGAUGGCCUAGAGUGGGUGAAAAAGGAUAGAAGGAGACUGCUUCAUGUUGUUUAUCGUGUUGGGGAUUUGGACAAGACUAUAAAAUUCUAUACAGAGUGCUUAGGAAUGAAGUUGUUAAGGAAGCGUGAUAUUCCUGAGGAGAGAUACACAAAUGCUUUUCUUGGAUAUGGGCCUGAAGAUUCCCAUUUUGUAGUUGAGCUCACUUACAAUUACGGAGUAGACAAGUAUGAUAUUGGGACUGGUUUUGGUCACUUUGGUAUCGCAGUUGAGGAUGUUUCAAAGACAGUGGAUCUUAUAAAAGCUAAAGGGGGGAAAGUAACGAGAGAACCUGGUCCUGUCAAAGGUGGCAAGAGUGUAAUUGCUUUUAUUGAAGAUCCCGAUGGUUAUAAGUUUGAGCUUUUGGAAAGGGGGCCUACACCAGAGCCUUUGUGUCAAGUAAUGCUUCGUGUAGGAGAUCUAGAUCGUUCCAUAAGGUUCCACGAGAAGGCUUUCGGUAUGGUGCUUCUUUGCAAAAGGGAUAAUCCAGAGUACAAGUAUACAAUAGCCAUGAUGGGUUAUGGCCCUGAAGAUAAAAAUGUUGUGCUGGAGUUGACUUACAACUAUGGAGUUAAAGAAUAUGACAAAGGAAAUGCUUAUGCGCAGAUUGCAAUAGGCACAGAUGAUGUCUAUAAAACUGCAGAAGCAAUUAAGCUCAAUGGGGGGAAGAUUACUCGUGAACCUGGACCUUUACCUGGUAUUAACACCAAGAUUACUGCCUGCUUGGAUCCUGAUGGUUGGAAAUCGGUCUUUGUUGAUAACAUAGACUUUGCGAAGGAAUUGGAGUGAGUAGAGACAGGCACUAUAUGCCCAAGCUUCUCAUGGACAUAUCUGCAGAGCUUUCAAACUGUUUUUUCACUUAACCAGGCCCUUUUGCAAAUUGAUUCCACCAAAAGUCUCAUAAGAGAAUUUGCCGGUCCCAGCUUGUAGAUAGGUUAUUUCCCUUACCACAGUAACAGUAUUAGCAAGCAUCUUUCCUUUGUUUCCACAACAAUUUGGGCAUAUGAGAUUUUCCUCACCUGUUAUUUGAUUUAAAUCUUGUCUGUGCUCCAUCAUCCUGAUUUCUUUAUCAUGUUAAGUACAAAUAGGAUUUCAGAUGUGCAAUCUAAUGGGUGGAGGCAUAUCAAGAAUAAAUGGUAUAUAGACCUUCGAUCUAUUUGCUUGGGGCACUCUAUGAAUAAAUAAACAGGGUAAAUCUGCAAUCUAAUUUGGUUCA